UGUUUCACUGCGACUGAAAUAGUUGAUGCACUGAAAAUCAACGUGACUUAAGACAGAGGAGCGAGUAAAGCAACGGCAGGAACGUGCGUAGAGUCUUCUGUUGUUGGUGUUAGAGCAUGUCUUGGUACAUUUCUGUCACUGAGUUAGCAGGUUAUUAAGCGAACCUUAGCUGUUUGUCCGGCAGCUUUGACCUUGUUGUAAGUUUCCAGUCCAUGAUGUUUGUCAGGGUUCCUAUUGUGGCCGUGCUGAGGAGGUUUCUCCCUCCAGUUUCCACGCUUGUGAAAUAUCAUGCUACUAAUCCGUCCACAUGUUGCUCAGCUCUUACCACAAGCCGAUCCCUGAGUACUGGCUGGACUUUGAAAACAGAUGCUCCUCAGCAUAAACCUGAGCUUGACUUGGACGUAUGGAAAUCGGUGAUGAGAUCCCAGGCAUCGCAAGAUGAGACACCUAAGGACAGAGAAGAAGAAAGCACCGCUGCUGAGGAAGAAGGCUCUCCAGUAGAAGCGAGCCGUACGCUGGUGGACAUGUGGCGGCAGGCUGGAAAACAAGUCCCUGACAACAUUACAGAUGAACAACUGGAGACGCUUGCGGAACUCGCUACAAAGUCCUCCAAGAGGAAGUACCUCAAGUAUCUGGCUAUUAAAGAGGGUCAUAAGAAGGCCAACAGAGAGAAAAAGGAAAAAAAGAGGGCCGAGAGGUUGGCGGACAGGAAGGAGGAGGCAGGAUGCGCCGACAGGCCGGAAGACGCGGAAGAGGAAGGGGAAGGAGAACCCAAGUUGAGAAACACGUAUCUGAUGCAGUUCUGGACUCGUUCGAUAGACAGAGCGUUGGGCUGGAGAGCGGCACAGGCCAUGCAGUACGGCCAGCCACUUGUCUAUGACAUGAGCUAUGACCAGCACAUGACGAGGCGCGAGAUGGAGAACACGAUCUCCCAGCUCAUGGAGACUGAAGGCUGGAACCGUCGCUCGGUAGACCCCUUCCAUUUGCACUUCUGCCACCUGCAGCCAGACAGUGCUUACCAUCGGGAGCUCCUCAAACGCUACGGCCAAGAGACGUGGGAUCGUCUUCCAAUCACUGCUACCAGCCAGCGCCACGUAGACAUGUUUCCCCGGGAGGACCUCGUCUACCUGACCGCCGAUUCUCCCAACGUGCUCCACACUUUCGACCACAGCAAGGUGUACAUCAUCGGAGCCAUGGUGGACCGAUCCAUCCAGUCCGGCGUUUCUCUGGCCAACGCCAAGCGCCUCAAGCUAUCCACGGCUCGACUGCCUCUGGACGAGUACCUGCACUGGGAAAUCGGGGCCAAGAACCUGACGCUGGACCAGAUGAUCCGCAUCCUGAUGACGGCCAAGGAGACGGGCAGCUGGGAGAAAGCUCUGGAGUUCGUGCCCAAGAGAAAGCACGAUGGCUUCCAUCAGCAAAAAAGUAAAGACAGCUUUCAAAGACCAGAGAAGUCAACGGGGGCGUUCAGAGGGAACGCAGAGGGAGAACGAAGGCAAAUAUUUGUGAGUAAACAGAGACAGAAAAACCUGACUAGAAGCGAUGUUACACCCAAACCGACAUCCGGAGCAGAAACCAUAUCUGGACAGAGCAGACUGCGGAUUGCACUGAAAAGCAAGCUAGAGGAACGCAGUAAAGUGGCGAGUAAAAGAAACUGGUGGGAGGAAGAGUAGCCUUAUAACACUGCUGAUAUCCCCCACACAAAGGAACUGCACUUGUCUACUGAAUUUGAUGUGUGACAAAUAAACGGUUUAAUUAU